AUGUGGCCCCCCAAGAUCAUCCUCGGCCUAUUCGCUACGGCCUCUGCGCUUAAUAUUCACCUCUUCCUUGGUAGUGGUUGUACAGAUACCAUUCCUCACGUUGUUUGCACCAAUGUGAACCCCGGGACCAAGUACAAUAUUACCGACAUGGAAGAUGCUUCUCUCGCAGAACUGCCCUUUGCACCCUCUGCGCCCUUUGCGCCCUCUGCGCCCUCUGCGGCCCUUUGCGCCCUCUGCGGCCUCAGCGCCCUCUGCGGCCCUCUGCACCCUCUGCGGCCCUCUGCACCCUCUGCGGCCUCAGCGCCCUCUGCGGCCCUCUGCACCCUCUGCGGCCUCAGCGCCCUCGCGGCCCUCUGCUCCCUCGGGGCGCUCUGGGGGCUCUGGGCGCUCUGGGGGCUCUGGGCGCUCUAG